CAUGAAUCAAUUCAAAUCGUUCAUACAAGUUUAAUUCAAAAGCACUUCUUGUUAAAAUUGUUGAUUGUAAUUUCUAAGAAAUAGAAACUGGUCAAGAAACAGUUUCAUGGUUUAUUAAUUAGAAUAUCUGUGAAUUUUCUCAAUAUGUCAAUUUGACAUUUGUUAAUUUUGAAGUAGGUUUGGUGCAGCACCUUAGAACUCAUCUUAAUAAAUCCCCUUUUAAUUUCAAGUUAAUUGUUUUAAUACAAAAUAUAUAUAAAUUCAAAAAAAUAGCACGAAAGUUAAAAAAAAUAUAAAUAAUUGUACUCUAUGUCAUAUCACUGCUAAUUUAUUGAUAAAAUUAGGAAAUUUUGUAAGAAAAUAGAUAAGACAGAUCAGCUGAUAAAAAAUAUUACUAAUGUGUAAAUAAUACUAACAGUGUUUUAUAAUAAAUUAUUAAGACUGUGGUAAUAAGUAAUUAAUUAGCCACAUAGGUUUUGGGUAGAAAGGAAUACAUAGGAAUAGAUACAAAAUUACUGAUUUUAAUUAACAUAAAAUAAAAUGAGUGGAAAAGAAAUAUUAUCGUAUAAAAUAGGUUUUAUUGGUGGCGGUAACAUGUGUAAAGCAAUUGUAAAUGGUUUAAUAACGAACAAAGUAUAUCCAGCAUCGCAAAUAUACAUAAAUGGUCCACAUCCAGAUAAAUUAAAACAAUCAGCAGAAUUAAAAGAUUGUAAUAUUUGUUCACUAUCUGAUUUAAUUGAAACAUCAAAUGUGAUUGUCUUAUCAGUCAAACCAAAUAUAUUUAUGAGUACAGUUUUAAAUGAUUUAAAUAAAUUAUUAUCGAGUAAAUCAGCAAAAUCAGCAUUUGAUAAUAAAAUAGUUAUAUCUUUAUUAGCUGGGGUUACAUUAAAUGCAUUAUCAAAUAAAUUGAAAUUUAUGGAUGCAAAUAAUAUUGCGUAUGAUUACAAAAUAAUACGUGUUAUGCCAAAUACCCCAUUACAGGUGGGUGCUGGUAAUGUUAUUUAUUGCAUGGAUAAAACUACAGAUACAGAUCAUCAUAACCAAUUGAUUGAUACAUUGUUUGGUAGUAUUAGUGGUAUCUGCUUAAAAAUACCAGAGUAUCAAAUGAAUGCUGCUACAGCGUUAAGUGGAUGUGGCCCAGCAUUUGUAUAUCUUAUAAUUGAUGCACUAGCUGAUGGAGGUGUUAAACAAGGUAUCGCAAAGGCAACAGCUAUAAAAUUAGCUGCACAAACAUUACUUGGUGCUGCUAAAACUGUACUAGAAACUGGCAAACAUCCAAUUCAAUUAAAAGAUGAAGUAUGUUCACCGGGUGGUACAACAAUCACUGGUGUUCAUGCUUUGGAAAAUGGCAACAUUAGAAAUACCUUAAUAAAUGCUGUUGAAACCUGUACUAAGAAAGCGAAUGAAUUAGAUGCAAUUAAUAAAUAGUUUAUUAAAUAAAUACAAAAUGUAUGUAGUCUCAAUUUUUAAUUAAUUUUAAUAAAUAUUAAUUAAUACUUACCACCUAUGUCUUUAAAUGUUGUGAAUGUAACUAAUAAUAAUAAAUAAAUUGUACGAAGGAUUCACAAGUCCCUAGAACUUCACCUAAA